CGCCAUGGCGCUCCUGCACAGCCGCCGGCUCCUCGCCGCCCCGCGCCUCGCCGCCGCCGCCGCCUCCCGCGCCAGCUCAUGGUGGUCCCACGUGGAGAUGGGUCCCCCCGACCCCAUCCUGGGGGUGACAGAAGCUUUCAAGCGCGACACCAACUCCAAGAAGAUGAACCUGGGGGUGGGGGCGUACCGGGAUGACAACGGGAAGCCCUACGUGCUGAACUGCGUCCGCAAGGCGGAGGCCAUGAUAGCAUCCAAGAAGAUGGACAAGGAGUACUUGCCCAUUGGGGGACUGGCAGAUUUCACCCGGGCAUCUGCAGAGCUGGCCCUGGGGGAGAACAGCGAGGUUAUCAAGAGCGGCCGGUACGUCACUGUGCAGGGCAUUUCGGGCACUGGAUCUCUGCGGAUUGGAGCCAACUUUUUGCAACGGUUCUUCAAGCCCAGCCGUGACGUGUAUCUCCCCAAGCCGUCCUGGGGCAAUCACACCCCCAUUUUCCGGGAUGCUGGCAUGCAACUUCAGGCUUACCGUUACUACGACCCCAAGACGUGCAGCCUUGACUUCUCUGGAGCCAUGGAUGACAUUUCUAAAAUUCCAGAGAAGAGCAUCAUCCUCCUGCAUGCCUGCGCUCACAACCCCACCGGGGUGGAUCCCCGGCAGGAGCAGUGGAAGGAGUUGGCAGCUACGGUGAAGAAACGAAACCUCCUGGUGUACUUCGACAUGGCCUACCAGGGCUUUGCCAGCGGGGACAUCAACCGGGACGCCUGGGCCGUGCGGCACUUCAUCGACCAGGGCAUCAACAUCGUCCUGUCGCAGUCCUUCGCCAAGAACAUGGGGCUCUACGGAGAGCGUGCGGGCGCCUUCACAGUGAUCUGCAAAGAUGCAGAGGAAGCCAAGAGGGUCGAGUCGCAGCUGAAGAUCCUCAUCCGUCCCAUGUACUCCAACCCACCCGUGAACGGAGCCCGCAUUGCCUCCAUGAUCCUGAACACCCCUGACCUACGGAAGGAGUGGCUGGUGGAAGUGAAGGGCAUGGCUGACCGGAUCAUCAGCAUGAGGAACCAGCUGGUGUCCAACCUCAAGAAGGAGGGAUCCUCCCACAACUGGCAGCACAUCACUGACCAGAUCGGCAUGUUCUGCUUCACAGGGCUGAAGCCUGAGCAGGUGGAGCGGUUGAUGAAGGAGUUCUCCAUCUACAUGACAAAGGAUGGACGCAUCUCUGUGGCAGGAGUUUCAUCAGGCAACGUAGCUUACCUGGCUCAUGCCAUCCAUCAAGUCACAAAGUAAAGACAAAGGUGUGCCCUGGAGCUGGUGGCUUUCCCUUCCCCACCAGUCAAAGAUGGGGAGGGAAAAGAAACAAGCAGAAUACUUCCAACCACAGCACUUGAAGCCGCCGCUGAAUGUAUCUUGUAGAUGAGUUGUUGUAGAAGCCUAGUCAAAUCCUCCCUGCCUUGUGGAGCAGGGACAUCAUUGCUGGCUCCUGCUCGUCACAGCUGCUCUUCCCUGCUGUCCAUCCUUUCUCCAUCAGCCCCAGCACCCUUCUGCGCCGGAGGAAGCAAAUGCUCAGCCCUGCCAUCCUCCCGGCGUAGGCACCAAAGGCUUCCCCGCGCUCGUUUUUCCAUGAGGAGGCUUUGGGAGGCUGUUGGCUGCUUGCCCAAGUGGCAACGGGCAGGGAGCCGGCUGGGCUGAGUGGGAGGGCUGCUCCGACCUCCUCAGCCUGUCCCUGCCGCCAGCAGGCUCCAUCCUCCUCCAUCCUCCCAGCCUGAGGCUGGGCAGCACCAAAGCUGUCCUCUGACAACCAGCUCUGAGGACUUCUGACUACCAAACUCUGCUCCAUCGUUGGCUUCGCUCUUUCCAUCUGGGACUCUCGUUUCGGGUGUAAUUCACAGUGGCAUCGGUGCGUGGGGCAGUGCCCUCCUCUAAACCUGCCUGGUUCUCCUGACUUCACUCUCGUACCCUGAGGGAAAACCAUUUCUCAUUUCCCCCCCCAGUAAGAACCGCCUCUGAAAAUGCUCUCUGGUGCUCUCUGCCUCACCCCAUUCCUGCCCUAAGCCCAGCAGUCCAGCCCUGUUCCUCCAGUAGCCCUCCCUUCAGUCUGUGUGUGUGUCUCAAAGCCAAGAGGUUGGUCCUGCUGUGUCCCCCCCUCACGUGGGGGUGCCCCUCUCAUCUGCUCUGUUCAGCUGCAUUUCUGGUGACACCAGAAAACAGGAAAGCUCCUGAGGGAAGUCCGAGAGCAGAACUGAGUGUCCCUGAGGUCCUGUGACUCACUGGACUCUGAUUUUUAAUCCAAAUAAACUGGUGCAUGGCUGUGUUGA